GCCCAGCCGCAGGCGCGCCCGGAGGAGCCCAGCGAGCAGGAGGCUCCUGAGGCCCGGGAGGAGCUUCCGAGCAGCCGAGGAGCUGAGCAGCAGCAGGCGGAGGAAGAGGAAGGAGGAGAAGGCAGCAGCACGGAGAGCACCCGAGACGAGCCCGAGGCCAAGCCCCCUGUGCAGAUGCCGGCCACGUCCCCCGCUCCGGUCCGGGCUAGGGAAGGGGUGCGAGAGACUGCGCUGCGGCUGCGAGGGCAGCAGCUGGAGGCGCUGACCCGUGUGGCCCUGAUGGAGCAGCGCGUGAAGGAGCUGCAGCGUCAGAAGAAGGAGCUGAGGAUCAGGAUGGAGGUGGAGGUGGCCCUGCUGCGGGGCGAGCUGUUGAUGUUUCAGGAGCAGCAGCGACUAUGCCGGGAACGGGAACGCGUGGAGAGUCUUCACCAGAGGCUCACAGAGGCCCAAGGACAGCUGGACUUGCAGCCAGAGGACCAGCAUGAGCAGCUUCUGCAGCAGGUGCAGGAGCUAAGGGAACAGCUGGAGGUGGCCCAGCGUGCCUAUGAGGACCUGGAAUUCCAGCAAUUGGAGCGGGAGAGCCGGCAAGAGGAGGAGGAUCAGGAGAGCCCUGGGGCUCAAGCACCAGACCCCAGGGUCCAGGAGCUUCAGGCCAGUGUGGCUCAGCACAAGCGCCAGAUCCAGGUCUUGGAGGAGCAGCUGAAGUCUCUGGGGGAGCAGAUGGCAGCCGAGAGCUGGGAGCUAAGCCGGAAGAAGGAGGAGGCCCUCCAGGCCCUGACACAGGAACGGAGCCGGCUGCUGGAGCUUAGUCGCUGCCUUCAGGGAGCAUUUGGUGGGGAUUUCUCUGAGUCCAAGCAAGCACACACUAAGCUGCUGUUCACCCAGAAGACAGACCGCCAGCUGGUGGUGUUGCGGGACCCCUCCGUCCACCCUGCCGCCGCCUCUGCCUCUUCCUGCCUCCUUUCUGUCCACAGCUCCCUGCAGGGCUCCAUUGGGCUCCAGAGGACCGGAAGCCUGUCCCGGAAACGGGGAGAGAGGGCGAGCCAGAGGGGAUCGGCACGGCCUGUGUCUCUCCACUGUACCGGAGCCCUUGAGGCCUCGGCGCUGGCGUCCGCAGCGGGGGCCUCUGGAAGACACCCCCUCUAUCAGCUGCUGAACUGUGGCCCUAGCAAUGGCUGCCGGGUCCUCCACCCCGACAUCGCCCGCAUGGAACAGCUCCUGCAGCAGGCUGUGGCGGAGAGGGAGCGGCUGCGCCAGGCCAGGGAGGGGCGGGAAAGGACCACGGAAGUUUCCGCAGGACCAGCUGCUCCUGCUAUCAUGGCCCCGCCCGCAUCCCCACCCUGCCCUGCGGCCCCGCACAUCUUGGAUCUCCGGCAGCAUCUGGAGCGCUGGGGCCACAGCCCCGAAAGCUGCCCGCACGUGCGGGUGUCCGGGGGCUGCUGUCGCGGACCCCUGGUGAAGAUGGGCGGCCGCAUCAAGACCUGGAGGAAGCGAUGGUUCUGCUUUGACCGCCAGGCCCGCCGCCUGGCCUACUACGCGGAUAAGGAACAGACCAAGCUCAAAGGUGUCAUCUACUUCCAGGCCAUCGAGGAAGUCUACUAUGACCACUUGCGAAGCGCCUUCAAGAGCCCCAACCCCCGCCUGACAUUCUGUGUCAAAACCUAUGAACGCCUUUUCUACAUGGUGGCCCCGAGCCCUGAGGCCAUGCGCAUUUGGAUGGACGUCAUCGUGACUGCAGCUGAUGAGAACCACGCCCUUUGAGCGGGCCCGCCCACCUGGGACGUCUAGAGAGGCCCCGCCCACCCACGCACGCGGCGUUGUUUCUAGGCCCCGCCCACUGCCGGCUAUACCUGGGCCCACCCCUUAGCCCUCUUUAGAGAACGCUACAGCCGCUGCGGCUCAGCUGGUCUGAGCCACAGGUUCUGGGCUGCAGGUGCCUUUUUCCAGACGCCCGAUCACCAGAAGCACUGCCUGGGGCAAGAGGAAGAGUUCGGGGUUGGAAGAAACUAUUUAUUGGUCCUCCUGUGUGUGAUACCGAAUUAAACAUGGUGGAA